AUGGCUGUGUGGGGCCUGAGAGGCCGCCUUGGCCUGCGCGGGUGCCUCGGCGCCGGCAGGAUACUGUGUCUCCGUUUCCAGACCCGCGGCCCUCAGGGCGUGGAAAACGGAGAUAGGUCACAGCCUUCCUUGAAGAUCCCCAAGAUUUACACCAAAACAGGAGACAAAGGGUUUUCUAGCACCUUCACGGGAGAAAGAAGACCGAAAGAUGACCAAGUGUUCGAAGCUGUGGGAACAACAGAUGAAUUAAGUUCGGUUAUUGGGUUUGCUAUGGAAUUAAUCACGGAAAAAGGCCAUACAUUUGGUGAAGAACUCCAGAAGAUCCAGUGUAUGCUGCAGGAUGUCGGCUCCGCCCUCGCAACGCCCCGCUCCUCGGCCAGGGAGGCGCACUUAAAACAGGCCGCAUUCACAGAAGCGCCCAUCCUGGAGCUGGAGCAGUGGAUUGACAAGUACUCCAGCCAGCUCCCACCUCUCACGGCCUUUAUUCUGCCUUCAGGAGGCAAGAGCAGCUCUGUGUUGCACCUCUGCCGGGCCGUGUGCCGUCGAGCCGAGAGAUGCGUGGUGCCUCUUGUCCAGAUGGGAGAGACGGAUGCAAACGUGGCCAAGUUCUUAAACAGACUCAGUGACUACCUCUUCACAUUAGCCAGAUAUGCAGCUAUGAAGGAAGGGAAUCAGGAAAAGAUAUACAAGAAGCCCUGA